AUGCCUCGACUUGCGGGGGAGGAUGGCUCCGAUAUCGACGAUGUCUACGAAGAGGCAGGAGUCGACGUCGACACUGAAGCCAAACAACAACUGAAUGGCGAAUUGAAGGACAACCUUGACAACGAUGCAGAGUCAGCGCCCAGCCGAGCGAAAGACGACGACGACGAGGAAGACCUGACGACUGAGGCUAAAGCACGCGAAGAAGAUGAAGAGGACGACGAAGAUGAGGAAGCAGAGGAGUACAAUGUCGAGUCAAUCCAGGACCAUAAGUUUGUCAAGGGACAACUUCUCUACUUCAUCAAAUGGCAAGGCUAUCCGGCUUCGCAAAACACGUGGGAACCGGAAGAACAUCUUCUACCACAUUCCCGUCUCAUACUUGCGGCAUACCACAAAAGGAUUGGGGUUAUACCACAAGCACCUAUGAAGAAGGGCAAAUCAAAACAAAGUCUACGGGAAACGGCCUCUUCUGAAGAUCUUCCACCACCCAAGCGUCAGAAGCGCAAUGGCGCGAAGUAUGCGAAAGACGCUGAACAAGACCUGUCCUGGUUGCCGAAGGGUGAUCAGUGGGAGCCCCAGGUCGAAAAGGUCGAGACAAUCGAGCGCGACGAAGAGACCAAACAGCUGAUGGCAUACAUCCUGUUCAAGAACGGAAAACGGUCCAAGAUCAGCAUGGAUAUGGUCUACAAGCACUGUCCUAGACCUAUGCUUAGGUUCUACGAGGAGCAUUUGAAGUUCAAGUGA